AUGGUCAGCCUUGCGACCCGUUACUGGCAAGUCCUGCUUUCCCACGCAUUCUGCGUAGGUCUCGGGGCGGGCUGCAUCUUCAUCCCCUCCGUCGCCAUCAUUCCCCAGUACUUCUCCAAGAAGCGGGCAUUAGCGACGGGAAUAGUGGCGACAGGAAGCAGCAUAGGCGGCGUAUUAUAUCCCAUCCUUUUCCAGAACCUGCUCUUGAGGGUAAAAUUCCCCUGGGCCGCGAGGACAUUGGCAUUCAUCUCACUCGCCACAAACGCUUUUGCUUUUGCUGUAAUGCGGCCCCGGGCGGGAUAUGGGAAGAAAAGUCGGCGCGUCCUCUUUGACUUUUCCGCGUACCGCGACAAAUCCUUCGUCUUCUUCUCCAUAGCCAUGUUCUUCAACUUUUGGUCUUACAUGGCUCCCAUAUACUACCUUCAGCAAUACGCCCUUGCCCACGGGAUGCCUGACGAGGGCCGUUCCGGAGUGGCGUAUUACCUCGUCGCACUUAUCAACGCGGGCUCCGUGUGUGGCCGGGUUCUUCCGGCAUGGCUUGCGGGCCGCUUCGGGCCGAUCAACAUGCUCCUCGCCGUUUCCGUCUCCAUCGCUAUCGUGUCGAUGUGCUGGCUGGCCGUACACGACGGCGCCGGUAGCGUGGUGUUUGCAGUGGCUUUCGGGUUCGCGUCCGGCGGGCUUACAUCGUUGCCACCAACUGUCGUCUCGACUUUGGUGCCGGAUCUGAGUGUCCACGGAACCUGGUUAGGGAUGGUGUCCACGACGAAUGCGUUUGCGUCGCUGGCGGCGCCACCUAUCGCGGGAGCUCUCUUGGAGUCUACAGGUAGCUACCUGGGCAUACAGCUGUCUUCGGGUCUGGGUAUGGUUGUUAUGACUAUAUUUGUGGUAAUCCUGAGGAUAUCGAGAAUUGGCAAGAGUCGAGGAUGGAUAGCAUAG